AUAGCGUCCCGUCAAAACAAAACGUACAGAAAUUGAGCAUCAGUCUCUUAAAAUGGAUCUACACUUAUUAUUUUGCGCUCUUUUCUUCCUCGUAGGAAUAACUGCAGAAGAAAUCACUUGUCCUCCAAACGAAGAAUUUAAAGAGUGUGAGUCUGUCUGCCCUCCAACUUGCCAAAACACGUCGCCUCAAAUUUGCACAGAUCUGUGCAUCAUAGGGUGUUCUUGUAAAAAAGGAUUCAUCAGGGAAAGUCCAGGUGGCCGAUGUAUAGAAUCAUGCGAAGGUGUUCCCGUAUGCAAGGACAACGAAAGAUUCACAACCUGUGCAACAGCGUGUCCGAGAAUUUGCAACCAAACUGAAAUUCAAGCUUGUCCUCUUUUGUGUAAGACGGGCUGUGUUUGUGCUGAUGGUUUUAUAAGGGAAAGAGAAGGAGAAUCGUGUAUUCCCGAGGGAAGGUGUCAACCAAAAUGUGGAAUAAAUGAAGCCUACACUGAAUGCGGUAGCCCAUGUCCUGGUACUUGUUCUCAACCAAGUAAAGUUUGCGAAAGGAAAUGCGUUGAGGGUUGUUUUUGUAAACAAGGAUAUCUUUUGGAUGAAAAUAGUGGAGCAUGUGUUAGGAGAAAUGAUUGUCCUAAUUGAUUUAAUCUGAAUUGUAGAAGUUUUAUGAAAUUCUAGCAAUAACUGUGUUUUGUAACAUUUUAAAGUUAUUUAUAGGUAGUUUAUUGAUAAUGGUGUUUUUAUUAAAAUAAUAAUGAAUGAGAAGUUUCAA